AUGGCUUCGAUUCGGAGAACGCUGUCGCCCUACAACGACCGAUCGUACCAGAAUCAGUGUAGCAGUCCGUUUUCAGUUCAAUCGCCGUCUCAAAAGCUGCUUUUCCACGGCAGAACAACCUUCUCUCCGGUGCGUAGGAUUAUCGCCGGUGUUUUCCUCCAGAAGAACUGUUCUCGGAAAGGUUAUCAGAUCUCGUGGAGAAAGCCACUUCUCCGCUGCUUUCUCUUCUUUUUUCUAGGGUUUCUGUUGGGCAUGGCGCCGUUUAGUAAUGAUCUUAGUGAGCUCAAGCAAAGCGACGAGUUCUCGUACGAGUUAAAGCCCACGGUGGUGAGGGUUGAGGAGAACGUGGGCGGUGGUUUGGGUUUUGUGGAGGGGACGAAGGGGAAUGAUGUGGUUGUGGAUGCUGUUGAGAGCUCUAUAAGAAAUGAAGUCAAGAGGAAUUUGGAUUUCGUGCCUUUUAAACAACUGAUUCUUGUGACACCAACGUAUAGCAGAGCUACGCAGGCUUACUAUUUGAAUAGGUUAGGGCAGGUUUUGAGAUUGGUGAGACCGCCAGUGUUGUGGAUUGUAGUGGAGAUGAAUGCUGCGUCCAUAGAGACUGCAGAGAUCUUGAGGAAUAUGGGAGUUAUGUACAGACAUUUGGUUUGUAAGAAGAAUUCUACAGAUGUGAAGGACCGGGGAGUCCACCAGCGAAAUACUGCAAUCGAGCAUAUUGAGCGGCAUAGGCUUGAUGGGAUUGUCUAUUUUGCCGAUGAUGAUAAUAUCUACUCGCUCGAGCUACUUGAGAGGAUAAGGGAAAUCAGUCGUUUUGGCACUUGGCCAGUAGGAAUGCUAGCACAAAGCAAGAAUAAAGCGAUAUUGGAAGGCCCCGUAUGCAAUGGAAGUCAAGUGAUAGGAUGGCAUACAAAUGAAAAGAGCAAAAGGCUCCGAAGGUUUCAUGUUGACAUGUCUGGCUUUGCUUUCAAUAGCACUAUACUUUGGGAUCCCAGGAGAUGGCACCGUUCAAAGUUGAGUCCAAUCCGGCAGUUAGAUACAGUGAAGGAGGGUUUCCAAGAAACUACUUUCAUCGAACAGAUUGUUGAAGACGAGAGUCAAAUGGAAGGGAUUCCUCUAGGUUGUCAUCAGAUAAUGAACUGGCACCUCCAUAUAGAAGCUAGUAAACUUGUUUACCCGAAAGGCUGGAUGCUUCAGGGGAACCUUGAAGUAACCACUCCUACCAAGUGA